AUGGCAGAUAUCUCAACCUGCCCUCCCCUAACAAGGGACUCGGUUAUAGAAGCACAUUGUCUCAUCAAGUCUCAUGUGCACCUAACUCCAGUCAUGACAAGUAGCUACAUUAACGAGCUUGCUUCAACGCCAAGAGAUCCCACUUCCUUUGCUAGCCAGAACAAUCGCACGAAGCCCGCUAGAGCUCAAUUCAGGCUGUGGUUCAAAUGUGAGAACUUUCAACGUGCUGGGGCUUUCAAGGCACGAGGAGCAUUCCAUGCUAUCGAACGACUAAAACUUGAGCCUGGAUGGAUCGAGAAUGGCGGGAAAGAGAGGGGUGUUGCCACACACAGCUCAGGUAACCAUGCACAAGCUCUUGCACUAGCCGCACGAGAAAACGGCAUGCCUGCCUAUGUUGUGAUGCCAUCAAUCACAAUACCCAGCAAGGUCGCUGCUACAAAAGGGUACGGGGCAAAUGUCAUCUUCAGUACUUUGACGGAUCGCCUGGCUGUUGCCGAGAAGGUCGUGGCUGAAACAGGCGCACGGCUUGUUCCACCAUACGAUCACCCUGAUAUCAUCUUGGGACAGGGCACAAUGGGUCUCGAGCUACAGCAACAGGUUAAAGGUCUUAAGGGCAUCAUUACUCCUUGCAGUGGUGGCGGAAUGUUGUCAGGCGUAGCAUUGAGCUGCGAAAACACAGGGAUCAAAGUCUUCGGAGCUGAACCGUCAUUCCAAGGCGCGGAUGAUGCUAAGCGUGGUAUAGAACAAGGAGAAAGAAUCACCUUCGUGGAUAGCAUGUCAAUUGCUGACGGGCUGCGCUCCUACUUGGGUGUUUAUCCUUGGGGUGUCCUUCACGAGCGAAAGCUUGUCCACGGCAUGUACAGCGUGUCAGAAGACGAGAUCAAGGCGGCUAUGAAGCUGAUCCUAGAAAGGAUGAAACUGUUCGUUGAACCAAGUGCUGCAGUGCCACUUGCUGUGGUUUUGUUCAACGAGGACUUCCGGUCUAUGAUUGAGAAAGAGGCGCAGGGGGAUGUUUGGGACUUGGGCAUAGUAUUGAGUGGAGGAAAUACUACAACAGAUGGCAUUACAAAGCUCUUUGCCGAGUAA